AUGAGCAACUUCACCAAGAGUAACACGGACCUGUACCAUCAGUACAAAGUGCUGGCCCCCAAGUUGCUGGAGGAGAUCUCGAAGCUCCUGAUCACCUGCAGGAGCUUGGGCAUCAUCAUGCCCAGGGGCAUCAAAAACAUCUUCGAGUUCACAUGGGAGGAGCUUAUCAUGGAACCCCCCAGUGCAUCAUCAUCCAAGAUCUCCGGCCUGGACAUCUUUUUUGGGCAGGCCUCUUCCGUGGAUUUGUCUUUUUCUACCACCUCCAGGAAGCCCAUGACCAAGAACUCACCAUCGCCUGUAGCCGUCAUCCAACCAAUGCCCAACAGCCAGCAGAUCAUCCAAAAAUUCCAAAAGAAGUCGAUCCACCUGCUAUCAGAGCUCCUCUCCCUGAAAAUGAAGAUGAUGUUAGAGGCCUCGACAGGUUCAAGCCCCAUGGAUGUUUCAAAGCAUUUUGCUGAAGCAAGCCAGCUUCUACAUAUCAAGGCCAAGGAGAUAAUUUUAGAGUCUAUGCUGGACACAAUUGGACUGGGGAAAGGAGGAAACCAGCUCAGCUUCUUGACCGCCAUAGGGGUGAGCUCUCCUUACCAGCUCGUUUUUCAGUCUUCGAAUGCCUGUUUGAGUUUUUCACUCUCUGGAGCAAAAGACAGGAGAGGAAGCAUCAUAAGUAAACAGAAACUAUCUGGUGCUGAUGACUCCACGGGAAGAAUUACAGGAAGCAGCAGCACUGAACCUUUUUUGUUUACUGAUCCCUGUGUUCAGGCCCGGGAAAAGCUGCAGGAAAUGUGUCGAAUUAUAGAAGCUGAAAAGAACUCAUGGAAAGGGAAGAGAUUUUCUUUCCCCAUCAUUUUACAAAACUACUCUGAGAAGAAGUCCAGUUCUCACGCAAGUAUUUAUAAGGGGGACUCGAGGACUGUCUUGCAUUCUGCAGCACGUCCUCCUUACCCCAUUGGCCAUCGUGCUCAGACAUUGGACACCAAGUCGAAGAGGGCCUUCAGGUUUCAUUACACUUUCUAUGAUGGGACCACCUUUGUUUUCUAUCCUUCAGGACAUGUUGCUGUGUGUCAGAUUCCUACAUGUUGCAAGGGAAGAUACACAACCUGCAUUUUCAAUGAUACACCAAACUUCCCCAUCAUAGGUCUGUUUACUGCUGAAGGCCAUGGAAGUGUUCAGUAUAACCUCAAAAACCGCUAUCCAUGUAUGCUUAUGAUGAAUCAUGAGGGAGGGUGUAUAAAAGACACUAUGGGGCACACAGUUCACAAAUGGAGUUGGACAUCUAAGAAGCGGACCUUGAUAUCAUUAGAGUAUAAGAUGAAUGAACAAAUGAAACUGAACAUACACAAUCAAGAUUCCAUAACCAUCACCUUCAGUGCCCUGAAUGAGACUGUGACUCUAGUCAUUUCACCCACAGAUUGCCCACAUGGAGCACCCCCUGAGAAGCGGUAUGCUUUUAGAAGCGGCACUGAAGAGAGGACAUCCAAGAUGAUCCGAGCACUGGUUGAGAUUAAGAAGCGAUUUCAGAAGACGGUGUCUCAGUUUAUGAAUUCUGUUUUGCUGUCAGCAGGCCUCCUCACAAUAGACUAUCCAGUAAAAGAUGAAAUAGACCUCAGCCGGUUCAAGAAGAAAUCACCAUCCCUUCUACAUUGGAUUCCGACAUCGGCGUCAGUACUACUUCCCCGCUCUCAUUCAGCAUUACAUACUUCUUCCAAGGGGGACUUAUUCCGGGAUGAUGCUUCAUCAGCAGCCAUGGGCAGUUCUAAAAAAAAGUCUGUCAAAAUCCCACCCAGAGUCACUGACAGGUCCAAAUCAACUGGCACGCCGGACCUGCGGUCCCCCAACAUCUGGGCAUUUGCUCUUUCCGACUGUCCCCUGAUGCUCCGGAAGCAGAUACUCAAACAGGACACUAGAUUUGGCUGCAGAUGUCUGGUGAAAAGCCCGGCACUCACAGAUCUGGAGUUUGAACGGUUUAUCUCAGCUCCCAGAGACCCCGACCAAAUCCUGGUGCUCUACGUGAUGACUACGCAGAGUUCUACCAAUUUGAGCCAUCUGGAGUGGAUCCUGGACACACUCUAUUUGCACAGUCAGUGCGGCCGGCCCUCACCUUGCAUUCAGUGUCGGCAUGACCCUUACCGCCUGCUUCGGUAUAAUAUCAAUAGUGCCCUACAGGAACACCCACCACUGUUGGUACAGAAGUAUGCAGUCAUGCCUGGAAUGAUCCUGAUGUUUGCUGGGGGUAAGCUGAUCUUUGGGGGCUUUAUCUUCAACGGAUACGGCUGCUGCAGCAAGAAGAAUAUACUAAAGCAGAUUUUCCUGGCCCGCCAGCAUUGCAAGAUGGGUUACUUCCUGCCUGACGACUUCAAAUUUAGGUAA